AUGGCUUUCUUGAUGAAGAAGAAGAAAUUCAAAUUCCAAACCACCUUUACUUUGGAGGAGCUGACGGCGGUCCCCUUCGUGAACGGGGUCCUCUUUUGCAAAGUCCGGCUGCUGGAUGGCGGGGAUUUUGUCAGCUUGUCGUCAAGGGAAGAGGUGCAGGAGAACUGUGUACGAUGGCGGAAGAGGUUCACCUUUGUGUGUAAGAUGAGUGCCAACCCGGCCACUGGCCUGCUGGACCCCUGCAUCUUCCGUGUGUCUGUGCGCAAGGAGCUGAAAGGCGGGAAGGCUUAUUCCAAGCUGGGCUUUGCCGACUUGAACCUUGCUGAGUUCGCAGGCUCAGGCUCCACGGUACGCUGCUGCCUGUUGGAGGGGUAUGACACGAAGAACACUCGGCAGGACAACUCCAUCCUCAAGGUCACCAUUGGUAUGUUCCUUCUCUCUGGAGACCCUUGCUUCAAGACGCCACCGUCCACUGCCAAGUCUAUCUCCAUCCCAGGCCAGGAUUCUUCCCUGCAGCUGACGUGUAAGGGUGGUGGAACGAGCAGCAGCGGGGGCAGCAGCACCAGCUCGCUCACAGGGUCCAGGCCCCCCAAGGCCCGGCCUACCAUCCUCAACUCAGGGGUGCCAGAGGAGCCGGACCAGAACCUGUCCAGCCCUGAGGAGGUCUUCCACUCCGGCCAUUCCCGCAACUCCAGCUAUGCCAGCCAACAGUCCAAGAUCUCUGGCUACAGCACAGAGCACUCCCGGUCCUCCAGCCUCUCAGACUUGACGCAUCGCCGAAACACGUCCACGAGCAGCAGUGCCUCUGGAGGCCUCAGCCUGACGGUGGAGGGUCCUGAGGGCAGCGAGAGGGAGCACCGGCCUCCUGAGAAGCCCCCACGACCGCCCCGGCCCCCACAUCUGUCAGACCGCUCAUUCCGGCGGAAAAAGGACUCGGUGGAGAGCCAUCCGACCUGGGUGGAUGACACUCGGAUUGAUGCGGACGACAUCGUGGAGAAGAUCAUGCAGAGUCAGGAUUUCACAGAUGGCAGCAACACUGAGGACAGCAACCUGCGGCUGUUUGUGAGCCGAGAUGGCUCCACCACGCUGAGUGGCAUCCAGCUGGCCAACAGGGUCUCCUCUGGGGUUUAUGAGCCAGUCGUGAUUGAAAGCCAUUGA